UGAUUUGCAGCCCGCCAGUAAAUCAAAGAAGAAGAAGAAGAAGAAGAAGAAGAAGAAGAAGACUGCGCUUCAGUUUUAACUUCCGCACACUAUGAACAGGACAAACCGAGACCACUGCUAAGCGUACACGCAAUAGUUAUCACAAGAGUUGGACAAAAUGUCGGAUUCAGACUCUGAUUCUGACUAUGGUGGUGACUGGGAAGACAUCAGAGAACGGAUGAGUGCUAAACUUCUGGCCACUCAGAAAAAUAAUGACAUUAUCACCUUCCAUCCAUCAGAUGAGGUUUAUGAACGAUGGAGCCGUAUAUCUGUUGACACCAGAAAACAGGCUGGACAGCGGAUGAAGGUUUGUGCCUUCUGGCUUCCCAUUCUGCUUCAGCGUGAUGAGUCCAGCACUACAGCUUGCUGGGCUUUACAAAUUGGUUUAAUCGACUCAAAUGGAGAUCUAAGCCUGAAGCACCUUCCCAAGAUAGAAACUUUGGAAGCAAUCCUCAGAGCUUUGGAGAAAGGAACUUUGAAAAAGGACCAAACAAAACAUGUGUUCUGGAUAAGCAACAUGUUUAACUUGCGUUCCCCAGAGGUUUUGGAGGAUGCCUUACACUGGUUGGAGCGAACAGGAGAGCCCUCUAUUCGCCACCGCCUCGUGAAUCUCGGCCACGCACACAACUGCUUCACAGCCCUGCACCAUAUCUUCACAGAGUUUGCUAAGUAUAUUCAGGAUAUGGGUACCAACUUGGAGAAGACGAUGAAGGAACUGAUGGCUCGACCAUCUGAGCAUGACGUUGAGAGAAGUGAAGAAAUGAAGAAGAAAGGAAAUGAGAACUUUCAGAGACAGAAGUAUGAAGAAGCUGUGAAGUUUUAUUCCAAAGCCAUCAAAUAUUACCCUGACAACCACAUAAUUUAUGGAAACAGAGCCCUAUGCUAUAUCCGAUGUCAGAAGUUUCUAAAAGCUGUUGGUGAUGGAAAACGUGCUACUCUGAUAAAACCUCUCUGGGCAAAGGUACUUAUCUCUCUUAUCACAGGUCACUACCGCUACUGUGAGGCUUUGUUCUCCAUGGGAGAGAUCCAAAUGGCUCUUGAAGCCAACAAUUCAGCCCAGACUCUGUGUAAGGACGACCAAGAGGGAAUCAGAGACCUUGAACAACAACACCUGAGAUUCAUCCAUCUUGCUGAACAAUGGCGUGAAAGAAUGAAAGACCCUAAAGUGGGUCGGCCUAAGAAAACUACCAGUAAAAGACCGGACAGCACUAACAGAGCAGAUGCAGUGGAGUCACAACCACAGUCUGAAAAAACUAGUCAUAAGAUAAGAAGCAUACCUCCACAGAGUAAGGUGUCAGAGGUUAAAGUCAACAAGCAACCAGCGAAAAAUGAAAAGACUGCACAGGCAGAUGGCAGUACUAAAGACUCUAAACCAUCAAAAAGUGAGUUUUCUUCAAAGAACGGGAAAGGAGAGUCCAGCACCACCACAAAGAAGAAAUCUAAGAACAGAAAUUGUCAGUCUGAAGAUGAGAAAGAUCACUCUCAUCUCUUGCACACUAGUUCUGCUCAGAACCAGAAAGUGGAUAAUGGUAAAGCAGGUGUGUGUAGAGAGUUGAGAUCUAUGGUGCAGGAUGCCCAUACUGCUCUGGCCGACCUCCGCAGCCGCAAUGCAGAGCAGGCCUUCAGUCAGGCACUGGCUUUACUGGAAACCAACACACCGAAGGAACUUGGACUUUCCACUCUGGAUGUACUGUUGUUACUGUAUGGCCGUGCAUCAGCCCUGACAGACAUCGGCCAGCCUGAGGAACUUGGAGAAGCACAAAAACUUCUUGCGAAGAUCAAAACAUUUGAGGAGAGAACGUUUCAGUGUCUGGUUUUCUAUGCCAUCGGGAGGGUAUAUGUCAGAGAGAACAGGUUUGCAGUUGCUCUGGAGCAGUUUUCAGAUUCCCUGCAGAUGGUCAAGAAUCAAAUAACACCGGGUAAACUCACCUGGCCUUUAACAAAAGAGAUUGUCAAAGAAACAAAGCCAGACUAUUUCAAGGAAAUCUUGGAGAGUGCUAUAGAGUUGUGCAAAUUCCCUCCUAUUCCUGAUGCCAUUUGUCGACUUGAGAAAUGCCACGGCCAUUUGAAAGCUGAAAUCUACUUCACUGACCCAGAUUUUAAGGGCUUCAUUCAAAUAUGCUGCUGUCAGAGCUGCAUCAUUGAAUACCACAUCACCUGUUGGAAGAACCUCAAGACGUCAUCCUUCUUUGAAAAGAAUGAAAAGGAUUUCCUGCAAGAGUCCUGUUUGACUCCUGACUGUGUCGGCCAAAUUUGUAGUAUCAAAAUCUUUGGUCCAACGGGCCUGGUGAAAUGUAAGUUUGAUGCUGUCAUCCCCAAACCACAGACUCCAAAGAAGCCAAAAGUGAAUCAGAAAUGUACAAGUCUGAAGAAGUUAAAAUCAAAGGAAGAGCACAGGCUCAAGAGGAAGCAGCAUAAGAAGUCAUUUCAAGAUAAUCAAGCAAUCAAAGAUGAGAUUAUGCAGCAGAAGGAAGAGUCUGCAACCCAGAGUCAACAGAAAGCCUGGUUGCUGUACAGGGAUCGAGUUCUUCUGCAGAUCAGCCAGAACAUGGAGCUGCUGAGAGAGGAGAAGGGCCUCCGCGUGUCGGCCCUGACCAGCAGUCUAAAGCCCUGGCUGGAGCUGGACUUGUCUAGGGGGAACCAGCUAGCUGGGAGGAUACUGAACUGGCAGCAGGAGCCGCUGCAGACUCUAGGUCAGGCCGUUGAGCUGCUACUAGAGAGGAAGAACCGGGUUUGGGCUCGUGUCCUUAUCCAACUACUAAGUAGCUGUCUGGAUAUAAAUCCUAAACUCAACAACUGGGCGUGCCAGCUCAACAAUGCAGGCCUGAAUGCAGCCAAAUCCUUCAUUGAGCGCUACUCAGGACACUUGGAGCAGCUGGACUUGGCUUUUUUGCUCAACUUUGGCCCAUUGCAGGAUGUGAUUAUAGAGAAGCUUGGUACUAGGCCGGAGCUUUUUUCAAGCAUUGGCUUGACUGUGACUGAAUACCUAAAACAGGCCCCACCACAUGACAUGAGACUCUUUAUCUGGACUCUGGAGGAGCAUAGAGAUGAGUAUGUCUCCUGCCACACUAUACUGGAUGAUUAUUUUGAUAUGAUGGAUGGACAUUGUUCAGUCUUAAAAAAGUCUGAUGAAAAUCAAAAUAAUUCACCUAUGAAGAGUCGGGGCCGGAAAAAGAAACAAAAAGAGUCAAAGGGUGUUAUUGUUUUGUCUGGGAUGAGAGGUGUAACUCCAAGGGAUGAAUGGGACCAAGACUUUUUUGAAGAUGACUCUUUAUCAUUCCUUCACCCUGGUGAUCCAUUCAGUGUCCCCAGUCACCUUCGAGAGCAAGUGGCCGAUUUUGAGGACCAGUACAACGGCACCAGACACAGAAGUCACUAUAAAAAGAUUUUGGACAACAACCCUGACCCAACAAAAGAGAGUUUGUACGACUACUUUGCUCAGAUCUUGGAGGAGCAUGGUCCGCUGGUUGCUGAGGACCCUCUGCUGGUGGGCGAACUGGAAAAUUUCCCCUCUGUGGCUCAGCUGAAGAUCCAAGAAGCGGGCGGCUUCGAGCCCUUCCUCCUGGAGUCCCUUCGCUUCAUAAAGAUGGGGAGGUGCAUCGGCCUGACUAAGCAUGCCGUUUCCCUACAGCAGGCUGGACAUGGAGCCAGCCUGGACGACCUGGACGACCUGGAUGUGAUAGUGGAUCCUGACACAAACUCUCCAUCUCCUGAUUUGCAUGCGGCUCAUGACGCUGCUUUCACAAGCUAUCUGGAUGGUUAUUCAUCUCUACAGACUGAAGUCUGUCCCACCCUCCCAAAUCCUUAUGUAUUUGGCUACCAGCCUCCUCCACUUGGCCAGUCAGCUAGUGGAGUUACUCUGACAGGGAAUGAUCCCUUUCCCCAUUGGACAAAAGGUGACAAUCAACAGCAAGCCCAUUACUUUUUACCUAAUGAGUAUGAGGAGCUGGAUCUAUAUACCAGUGAGUUUGAAGGCGGAGUUUUUGAAACUGAUCUAUCACUGGGCAGAGUCGCUUCAGUGACGACUGAGGAAAGCUUUUUGAAGAAACAUGCGGCAGUACAGACGUGUCAGGAGACCAUGAGGAGUGUUGCGGUAAAUACAGAGCUUCAUGAGCGCUUUGAGAUCUGCCAGGGUGACAUCAACAAAAAGCAAAAGAGCAACAAGACGUUAGAGCAGCAGAUCAAGAAAAUGGCGGACGACUAUGACGAAGUCAACCUAAGGCACAAAGAAGACAUCGCUUUCCUUGAGGACAACAUACAGAAGAUCACUGCCAACAUACAAGUGACCAAUAAAGAGCUGGUACUGUUCCAGCAGAAGCUGGAAGAGGAGGUGAAGAAGGACCAGAAGGAGAAGAAAGCCAACCAGGAAGUACUGAAGUCCCUGAAGGUGGAGAUGGAAGAGUUGUUGGAGCAACACGGGAGUCUUGCCCGAAGCAUCCGAGAGAAGAAAACCAGCUAUGACGCAAAGUUGAGUGAUUUCCUAGAGCUGAGCAAUCAGUCAGCAGCUGAGAAGAUGAGUCUGGAGGAUGAGAUCCAGCGCUGUAAGGUCUCGCUUACCUCGGCCACCAGGAGGUCUCACACAGCUCAGUUGGCCGUAGUGGAGAGCAGUCGGGAUCAGAGUUUGUACGGCCUCAACAGAGAGCUGGCAAACGCCAAGGCUUUGCUGACCAAACUGGACGAAGCAGCACACAGAUUCCCAACCCAAGACCUGGAAAUAACUAGAAGCAACUUGAGAGCCAGCAUCCAAGAAGUUGAAAAGAAAAUCUCCACUGCUGAGGCCCAGUACCAGGAGCAGAUGGAUCAAGUGAAGAACGGCAGACGAGUCAGCGAGUUGCUUCCAGUCAACAUCAACAACCAGCCUGAACCUCCAGCUGCACCACAGUCUGCGGCAGCCAAAAGGUGUGUCCCUACGUCUUCAGCCCAUUCCUCCCACAGCUCUCCCCCGCUCAUCCAGCAGUCUGCAGCAUCUGCAGCUGAGCCUCCACCCGCUCCGGCUCAGACGCAGCACAAACCUCCGACCAGCACUGUGUUUGACAAAGCCAUGGAGCGCCUGGCCACCAUGUUCCCUGACUAUACAAGGCCAGAGUUGAUGAGGUUUGUUCAUGAGUUGCGUUCAUCGAGCGGAGGAAGCCUGAGCAGCAUGGCGUUGCAGGAUAUGGUCGGUGGAGUGACCCAGUUGAUCCUGGACCAUCAGGAGAAGCUUUCCGCUGCCAAAUCGCACGUCAUGGGACGUGGGAGUCCAGCUCAAUGUGCGACCCCCCCUUUGGUCCCGGUCUGGCAGACACUCGGACCCCAGAGAGCCACACAUUCCAACGCACUGAACGUUGAGGAUCCUUGCAUCAUCUGUCACGAUGACAUGAAUCCAGACGACGUGUGCGUGCUGGAGUGCAGACACGGCUUCCAUAAUGACUGUAUAAGGUUGUGGCUAAGGGGGCAGAGCACCUGUCCCACCUGCAGAGAUCACGCAUUGCUACCUGAAGAUUUCCCCAUGCUGCCUGGCAGGAGACGCCAAGCCCCGUGAUGCCCCCCCACUACCCACAUGCCUGCUUUUAUCUUUUAUUUUUAACCACUUAUUUUAAUAAAAUCGAAAAAAGCAUA